UUCAGCCCUUAGUGGCUGUUGAUUGGCCGCCCGUUUCGCUGACGUCACGGGACGCAGGCGUGAGUUUGGUGGCGAGAAGGAAGGGGCAGGAGAGGUGCGGGGAAAAGUCCAGUCCGAGAAACGCGUAUUCAAAAUGCCCAAAAAGAAGACUGGCGCCCGGAAGAAGGCAGAAAGCCGCAAGGAGAGAGAGAAACAGAUGAGAGCUGCUCGGGGAAAUGUUGACCUCGCUAAACACCCUUGUAAUGCUCCUAUGGAAUGUGACAAAUGUCAAAGACGGCAGAAGAACCGAGCGUUUUGUUAUUUUUGCAGUUCUGUGCAGAAGCUGCCUAUGUGUGCGCAGUGUGGAAAGACAAAAUGUAUGAUGAAGUCAUCUGAUUGCGUCAUUAGACAUCCCAGCGUGUACAGUACUGGUAUGGCAAUGGUGGGUGCCAUUUGUGAUUUCUGCGAAGCCUGGGUGUGCCAUGGCAAGAAGUGUCUCAGUGUUCACGCCUGCACAUGCCCCCUCAACGUUGCAGAAUGCAUUGAAUGUGAAAGAAGCGUCUGGGAACACGGUGGCCGGAUAUUUAGCUGUUCAUUCUGUUAUAAUUUCCUCUGUGAAGAUGACCAGUUUGAGCACCAGGCCAGCUGUCAGGUCUUGGAGGCAGAGACCUUUAAAUGUGCAUCGUGCAAUCGUUUGGGACAGCAUUCGUGCCUGCGCUGCAAGGCAUGCUUCUGUGAUGAUCAUGCACGAAGCAAGGUCUUCAAGACUGAGAAGGGAAAGGCGCCACCUUGUCCCAAGUGUGGCCAUGAAACUCAAGAGACAAAAAAUCUGAGCAUGUCAACACGGUCCCUGAAGUUUGGCAGACAAAGUGGGGCGGAUGAGGACAGCGGUGCUUCUGGUUAUGAAAACUACUGGAAAAAUCUGUCAUCUGGUGGAAAUAACUAUGAUGACGAGGAAGAGGAGGAUGAAUAUGCAGAAGAAGAUGAGGUUGAUGAUGAAGAUGAUGGAGAAAAGGACUCUGAUACAGAGGCCUCUGACCCAUUUAGUCAUCUGAAUUUAGGCAGAACAUAUGCCAGUGGCUAUGCCCACUAUGAGGAGUCUCAAGACUCCUAAUGUUCCGUUUAGUGGAAAUACAGUGCUGUCAGAUCAGUGAAUGUAACUUCUUUGCUCCGGAAUGUGUUUGUGUUUAAAACAUUUGUGCGUUUUGCCAAACAUGUCUCCGUUUUUUAUCUGUGCAAUUUCAUGACCAUUGAGAGACUUGAGAUAAAUUCAGCUGUGAUGCCAACAAAUGAUAGGAUUUUUCAGUCAUUGAGCACUUACAUGGGUUUUCUGAUUGCAUAAAAUGCUUUAUUUAGAAUGUUACAAAGCUUGCUAUUACUGCUUACUUGCCAUUUGACAGAACAGUACAUGACUUUUGGAAAAGAACAACCAACAUUAAAAACUAAAAUAUGUAUUAUGGAUGGCGCGCUAUUAAAAAUGAUCUAUGUUUUUCUGAACCAA